AUGGGUUCUUCUCAAGCGCCUGACGGCAAUGCGCCGUUUGGCUAUCACGUAUCUGAUCAAGAUUUCUUAUUCCUUAGGGCUCCGACGCCACCCCCAGGAGAUCCUCUACUCACCCAAGACGAUAAUAGAGCACUGAAUCUUUUCUUCGAAGAUAUGACGACCAACCAUUAUCCGGGUAUGUCAUAUGGCGAAGGGCUCAAUUUCAGUGAGCAGUGGAUAAGUCAACUCCCACCAGCUUUCUUGGGUCAUACCACAUCGUUUGGGCAGCAGCCUCAGCAGCCAUCCGCUUCCCUAAUGAACGGAAUGCCUGCUACCACGUAUCAAGAUGUAUUUACAUUUGGCCAAAGUAUGAUGCCACCACCGCCGACCCCAUCACAACCAUCGUUGCAGCUCGAACACACUCAGCAUCAGCACCAUAAUACCCCGACUCCCCACACGCCGAUUGAGCAGAGUGCCCACGCCGACGUGGCGGCAGUCUUGACGUCUCUUCACCAUGGCCACCAGAACGGACACCAGUCCGGUGCCAAUGGCAUAAACAGAGCACCAGUUGUGCCCUCCCAACACAACGGUAGCCAUGUUGAUCAGAUGAGGCCACUGCCUCGAAACCAUAUUCCCGACCAAAGCAAUACUAUUCACCGUAGGCAUACUUCGAAUGACGCUGACACGCUUUUUACCGAUAUGGUGUUCGGGAACUCACACGGCAUCGUGAAUCAACGACCAAUCGAAGCGCCGGAAUUGCAAUGGGGUUCCGACUCAAAUUUUGCCAGGACACAAGGUUAUGUUCCACCCGACCACGAAUCCAGCGAGCUGCUUGAGCAGAAACGAUUAGGUGCUCUAAGGGUUCUUACCAUCAGCCACAGCGCCGCAACAACUCGGCCACCGUCUCCUUCGACGAAUGGGGAAGGGUCAUCUGUUGCUCGACCUGAUAUCAAUGCAAAUGGUCAUAUCAAAGAAGAGCUCGACGUCGAGGCCCCGCCUGCCAAACGCCGUAAGAGUAAAAGCAAAGGGAAGCUAGAAGUUGACGACGUGGAAAAUUCAACAUCUGUACCAUCGAAGGCUGUGGCUAGAAAACGUAAAUCGAAACCAGAUCUAAAGGCAACUCCAGACACCCCUUCGGCCACCCCAGAUGCGCCUGGAAAGCGGAGGAAGUCCACUUUGAAUUCAGGGAAAGCGCCGCGAGAAAACCUGACGGAUUCUCAGAAGAGGGAAAAUCACAUCAAGAGUGAGCAAAAGAGAAGAGGAGCAAUCAAAGAAGGCUUCGAUGAUCUUAGUGAACUCGUCCCAAAUCUUAAGGGAGGCGGAUAUAGUAAGAGCACCAUGCUUACAAUAGCAGGAGAGUGGCUUGAGGCCCUGUUGAAAGGUAACGAAGAGCUGGAACGAUUAUGA